UUCACCCUCAGCGUCAAGGACUCGCACUUGUUCACAAUGACGGAUUCAAACUUGCUUGAUAAGAUGCUGACAGUGGAGGAGGGUCUAAAAGGGAGCAAAAUGAAGCAGAAGAAGGAAGAGGCCUGGAAACCACAGGGACCCAGGGAUCCAUUUGCUAUGCUGGACUCUCUUCCAGAAGCCAAGCAGCAGGAGAUCCAGAGAGCCCUCCACCUCUUCUCCUUAGGCCCAAGUCUGCCGAAGACCCUGCAGCAGGCCAAAUCACACACUUACCGUUUCUGGGACACACAGCCUGUCCCCAGACUGGGUGACAGUUUUGUGACUCAUGGCCCAAUAGUAGAAGGUGAAGCCAGUGUCCGUGAGGAGCCCUACUCUCUACCUUCAGGUUUCUCCUGGGACACUCUGGACCUGAACAGUCCUACUGUGUUGAAAGAGCUUUGCACUCUGCUCAACGAGAACUACAUGGAAGAGGAUGACAACACCAUCAGGUGUGAGUUCUCGCUGGAGUAUCUGCAAUGGGCUUUACAACCUCCUAACUGGCUGCCCCAGUGGAACUGUGGCGUGCGAGUACACACCAAUAACAAGUUAGUCGGCUUCAUUGCCGCUCUUCCUGCAGAGGUCCGCGUGUAUGAGACGGACAAGCGGAUGGCACAGGUCAAACUCCUGUGUGUUCAUAAGAAGCUGCGCCUCAAGCGGAUGACUCCAGUCCUGAUCCGAGAGCUCACCAGACGGGUCAACCAGCAGGGCCUCCACCAGGCUGUCUACACAGCUGGCAUAGUGCUGCCCACACCACUAAGUUCCUGCAGGUACUGGCAUCGCCCUCUGAAUCCCCGAAAGCUGACAGACGUGAGCUACCCGGGUCUGAGACAGAACACGAAUACGAAUCUGCAGAGAGCUCUCAAAUUCUACCGUCUGCCUGAGGUGACAAAGACUCCAGGUCUGCGCCCUCUGACUGAAGAAGAUGUGGUGGGGUUACACUCACUACUGCAGGCAAACCUCCGCAAGUUUCACCUCAGCUCCAGGUUGUCUUUGCAGGAAGUAGAGCACUGGCUGCUACCCAGAGAGAACGUGAUUGACACCUAUGUAGUAGAGGGUGAUGCUGGCACACUGACAGACGUGGUGAGUUUCUACGGCGUCUCCUCCAGGGUGCUGAAUCACCCAGUCCACACUGGCCUGAGAGCAGCUCAUCUCCUUUACGUUGCCGGCACCGCCGCAGACCCAGUCAACCUCAUGGAGGACGCACUGGUCUUGGCUAAAUCUAAAGGUUUUGACGUCUUCUCCGCUCUCGACGUGAUGGAUAACAAGAGCUUUCUGGAUAACCUCAAGUUCAGUGUCAUGGACAAGAGUCUUCAUUACUACCUGUACAACUGGAUUUGUCCUAAUAUGAGCCCAGACGAGGUGGGCUUGGUGUUCCCCAACUAACCCAAGAAGUGGUGGAGUGGUGAAGGUGGAGAGACCAUAGUGGUUGGCAGCACAGUGGGCAUCAAAAGUCAUCACCACCAGCAUGAAUUAAGAUUAAAAAAAUAUAUAUAAAAAUGACAAUUUGUAAAACAGCA